CAGCUAGUAGAGGAUACGCCGGCAACCACGGCGCAACUCGGGGUCGGACCAAACGGCAAGCAAACAAUCCGGUAUCCGACGGAACAUCGAGCGUUCCGCUGACCCAACAUGACCACCAUUCACCUACAACCACUACGUCUACUCCGUUGACGUCGACCGACCGUUCGAUCACUUCUGCAACGAGAUCACCAACGACUGCGUCGACGACUACCGAGCCCCGUACGACAACCGUCACGGGCGCCACUUUUAUGUCCUCCAGGACGAUCGCCGAAACUCGCAGUAUGGAUUCCAACCCGACGGUCGUCACCGCCGGAAGCACAACGGUGCCGCCGUCGCAGGACCAGCGACAGACAACACCGUUCACACCACCUCCGUCGUCAUCAAAUAGUCCUUCUACUUCUACUGCGAUCACCAUUACUACCAGCACUACCACCAAUCGGUCUUAUCAACCAUCCGCCGACGACCAUCAACAACACCGACAACAGUGGCACUCGCAGCCGCACAACAACGACGGUCAUUACGACCGGGGACGGCAACAGUACUAUCCCCCGUCACCACCCACCAGCACCAGUACGGAUUACGAUUACUACUAUCGUCAACGGCAACAGCAGCAAUUACCCCAGUGGCCGCAGUGGCCGCAGCCACAGUGGCAGCCGACGCCAACGCCGCAACAACAGUUACAGUGGUAUUCGUCGCCGCCGACGCGACAAGAACCGUACGGUUACAACAACAACAACGGUGGCCAUCGGAACGGCGAUGGCCGCAGGACGGCCGACGACUAUUACUACAGACAGCAACAGCAAAACUACCAUCACCAACUGUACAACCAGCAACAGGCGUCGCCACUGAUGUUCGGUGCCGGCGGAGGUUGGCGGAACGCGUCGCCGUCGCAACAGCCGAACGUCGGUGGCGGUUGGAACGUGCACGGAGACCGUCCGGUGUACGUGAGCAGUGGCAACGGCGGUGACGCGCCCACGCUGCUGUGGAAUAGCACGAACAGCAAUAGCAACAUGGGCGGCUGGACGACGGCGGCCCAGCAGCAUUGGUGGUACCAGCAGCAGCGGCAGCAACAGAACAGCCGGGUCGGCGCGGGAGGCAUCUUGUCGCUGCGGCCCGUACCGCUACCACCGCUGCACGCCGAUCAGACGGUUGUUACGGUGUCGACCGUUGGCCCGUUGCCAUCGUCAUCGUCGUCAUCGCCGCUGCAACCUCGUUGGCCGCAAAAACCUCCCGACUACUAUUACCGGUCGACCACGUCUACUUCUCAGCCGAACCGCUUGCGACCCAAAUCCGAUAGCCGAUACUAUCAAGAACGGGAAUACAAGUGUCUCGGACAGUGGUCCGAAGACCGACCAAUCGGUAAAGGUGAUGACGUAACCCACACUAUGCUCACGUACAUGUACGUGCAACGUUUGGACCGACCGAACAUCAAUGGAGUACCGGAAUACGAGUGUUACGUUGUCACUUCUAUACCGAACCAACCUGGACAGGACCCCAGGGCCACCACCCUGUUACUGACCGAAGCCGGAAAGGGGACCCAUUGCAGUCGGCUGGCCGAUCCUUACGUGGACGGCAUGAAACUCGUCGGAACCAAAAUCAACAGCCAAGGUGCUAUGUCAGCGGCAGGAAAGUCUUGGUUUCCACUCAAGCCGCAACAAAUUAACCCCGAGAACGGCGAAAGAAAAUGGUACGCCUCGCCACCCGUGCCCGUGUCUGGACAAAACCCGACCACGAUGACUCCGAUUGUCACUGGCAAACACACGGGUGGAAAUGGAGCCUUACAUACGCCACGUCAACAUCAAACUCGAAGACCGCCACCAACACAAGUCAACAUCGGCUUUAGAACCGUCUGGGACCCAAUAAUCGUUGGUUUGUUGUUAUUCAUUACCAUAUCACUCUGGUAAGGUAAUAUAUAAUAGGUAAUAAGUAAUUAUGGACACUCUGUACUCUGUAUUGUAUAUAUUAUUCUGUAUAUAUUUAUAUAUAUGCACACAUGAUAAUAUUUUAAUUGUUAAUU